AUGCGCCUGAUUCGAACAACUGCGCAGGUCAUUCUCCGUGCCUGGCCUCGGAACCGGAAGCAGAGCCCCAAGAACAGCGCGGCGGGUCACUUCGAGGGCUACGUGGAGCAUCCGGCAUUACAGUUCGACCAUGAUGCGGACGAGCAGGAGAGGUGGCGGCUUCGCCGCGGCGUGGUAGUUUUGGAGGAUGGAGGCAGUCAACUCCCGAGACCGACCUGGUCUUUCUUGGAAUCCUGCUUGCCGACCUGGAUGGAACAGAUCCUCCGGCGGCAGCAAGCGACGCCCACACCUUUGCAGGCAACGACAUGGCCUUUGCUAAGGACAAAUCGAGAUGUCGUCGUGACAGCGGAGCAUGGCUGUGGCAAGACUCUGGCCUAUGCGGUGCCGCUGUUGAUCCGUGCUGCAGCAUUGCGAGGCGCGACCCACGAGCUCUUCCACUGCCUAGACGAGCUGCCAUGGGAUGAGUGGCGCCAGCGGCCACCCGAUGGGGUGGUGCUUGUGCCGAGCAAAGAAGUGGCUGCCCAGGUACGUUCCUUCAUCGCUCCUUUUGCUGCCGUCGGCCGCGUUCUCGUUGCUGGAGGCAUGGAGGAUCCUAGCUCACAAGGCGAGGAGGACAAAGCACAGCAAAAGGAGGCGUCAAGAGCGGGCGUGCUGGUGCUUACACCCUGGCAGCUUGAGUACCAGUCGUGGGUGCUCGGCAAAGAUGAGGACCUGGAGGUUUUGAAGCAGGACCGCGCGGAAGCUUUUGGCAUAGCCGUGCUGUUCGUUGCAGAGUUCCAGCAUCCUCGUGCUUUUCUCUUGACUCGGGUUAUCGGGUUUCCUUGCAGCGACAGUUGUCUAGUAAGUUUCCUAGCUAGGAUGCUCGCCACUGCUUUUGCCGCACCCCGCUUGACGUGGGCAGCGCUGCCCACGAAGAGAGCGCCACCAGUUCGAGCUUCGGGCCUUCCGGGUCCAUCGUCCUCGACAUGGAGCACAGUUGUCGGAUGCGCCGUGGCUGGAGUUGUUGCACGCAAGGUUCGGACAGCAUGCUCUGCCAAACCGUCCUGGCAGCAGAGCAUGCUUCGCAUCAAAGAUCCGGAGAAGUCGCUCGACUUCUAUAAGAACAAGAUGGGAAUGCGGCUUCUGGACAAGCUCGAUUUCGAAAGUAUGGGUUUCUCCCUCUACUUCUUAGCCUCAGUCCCGGAGGGUGAGAAGACGCCGGAGCCGGGCUCCGUAGAGGCACAUCAGUAUCUCUGGACAUAUCCGGGUACCACCUUGGAGCUUACGCACAACUAUGGCACAGAAGCGGAGGAGGGCCCCAUCUACCAUCCUGGCAACCAGCCCAGGGAGGGGGACAGGCGUGACGGCUUCGGCCACGUGGCCUUCUCUGUGAACGAUGUCUACGAGACGAGCGCAGCCCUGGAGAAAACAGGAGUGAAAUUCCAGAAGAAGCCCGACGAAGGGAGAAUGAAGGGAUUGGCCUUUGCGUUGGAUCCAGAUGGCUACUGGGUCGAGCUGCUGAGGGGUGGAGCUCCUGGACGCCACACCCUCGCCCAGACAAUGCUGCGUGUCAAGGACCCCAAGAAAUCCCUGGACUUCUACACCAAGCACAUGGGGAUGACGCUGCUGGCGCAUCAGGACUACGAUGACUUUUCCUUAUACUAUCUGGGAACCGUGCCUGAGGGCGCCAAUGAGUUUCCGGAAGGCAGGCCAGUGCUGGAAUUAACGCACAACCACGGCACGGAAGAUGAGGCCGAAUUCUCGUACCUCAGUGGGAAUGAAGCGGACAGAAAGGGAUUCGGACAUGUCGGAUUCUUGGUCGACGACGUGUAUGAGACCUGCAAGGAGCUGGAAGCCGCGGGCUACGCGAUGCAGAAGGCCCCAGAUGGUGGAUCCAUGAAAGGCCUGGCCUUUGCCCGUGAUCCCGAUGGCUACUGGGUCGAGAUCAUCAAGCGGGGAGGGUACGACGCAGAAGCCACGCCGUAUUUUUUCGAGAAGGAUGUAUUGAUUGUGUUUGACGAUGCGGACGCCAUUGUGAAGGAUGGGGACGACGACGGUGCACAGGCAAGAACGAUCCUGGAGUUGCUGCCUAAGCGCAGACAGCUCGCGUUCUUCUCCGUGACCUGGCCGGCACGUGCUGACCAGAUGGCAGGGAGGCACCUGCGAGCCGACACGGUCAUCAUACAUGCGGCCUUCGAGUGCUUGCAGAAUGCUGAGAGUCACUGCCUGGAGUCCAGGUUCGUGAGGCAGCACUUCAAGGUUCUUCACCCGCUUGCCAACCUGCUUUGUCUGCCUGGAGCGUGCCAUGUUCAAGAUUGGGCAAUGGGAUGUUUCAGCCGAGGCCAGACAUUGCCGGCACUAGAGCUGGACCAGCAUGAGCAUCAGGCUGAUGCCGCCAAAGCGCCAGCCGAGCAGCCAGCGUUAGUGCCGCCGUCCGUGGACGUCCAGGAGGAGCCGCCCAGGCGCUCGAAACGUGAGCGCGAUGGGACACAGAAGCAGGAGGACCUCCUGCGACAGAUCAGGUGGAAGGCCGAGCGCAUCGGCAAUAAGAUCGUUCAUCAAGGAGAGUACUAA